AUUUAUACUAAUUACAUUCGAAAAUGUCUCCAAGUACGGAAAAUUAUGAUAAUUGUUACUGUGUGCAAUUGCGUUAUACAUUUGGAAUCGUGUGUUUAAUUUUAACUUCAUAUUUUUAUAUUUAUGCUAAACGUAAACAAUUCAAAAAUAUCACAACAAAGAUACCAACAGUUUUUGGACUACCAUUUAUUGGAAUAGCAUAUAAGUUGGUACCUAUCAAAAGAUUUUUGUACAUAAUUAGUUCAUAUUUCGAAGAAUUCAAUACAUCAACAUAUUGCGCGUGGUUGGGUACGUAUCCAGUAAUUGUCACUAUAGACCCAGAUAUCAUCAAAACUGUUACAUCAUCAACGGAGUUUCUGAACAAAGCGGAAGUAUUAUAUAAUCCCAUUAAUAAGGCUAUACCGAAGGGAAUAAUUUCAAGCGAAGUUAGUACAUGGAAACACAAUCGCAAAUUAAUUAACGGCUAUUUCAAUCAUAAGUUACUGAUGAGCCUUUUUCCCCUUUUUAACCGAGGUGCGAAUACUAGCGUUAAACGGUUAAGUAAACUUUCAAAUGGUGGCGAACAUAAGCUAUUUGAUCUCAUUAAACGUGUCACUCUGGAGAUAUCCAUAGAAGCCACUAUGGGCGUUGACAUGAGAGAAGGUGCCAGUAAAAAUUAUGAGCUUAUCGAUUUAUUUACUGUCUUAAUGGAGAGAAUUGCCGAAGAUGCUGCGUGUUCUACAUUGGGGCUCGGUUUCUUAGCGCGCACACCCGAUUAUUACAAGUCGCGCCGUUCCUUGCGAAAUUUUAUGAAUAAGUUAAUAGAAGAGCGUACGAACAACAAUAAUAUGCCUAAAGUUGAAGAAUGGCAGUAUGAUGAAGAAACCAUGAGCUCAUUUUUAGAUAUUGCACUAAAUUAUUGCGAUAAUGGCAAAUUUGAAAAGGAAGACGUUAUCAUAGAAUCUAUCAGCUUGAUUGGUGCGUCGUUUGAAACAGUUGCCACUGCAAUUUAUUCGGGCUUAGUAAUGUUGUCUAUGCAUAUGGAUGUUCAAGAGAAACUUUUUCAAGAAAUAAAUUCGAUAUGGUCAGAAAAUGACAUACAAGUUACUUACGAUCAUCUGAAAGAAGUUCCUUACCUAGAUAUGGUUGUUGCGGAAACGCUACGACUUAUGCCAUCAAUACCAAUAGUCGGACGUCAAACUAUACAUCAAACGAAAUUAACGUCAGAUUUAAUUUUGCCACCAAAAAUGCAAGUGAUAGUACCAAUAUUUACUUUACAUCGUGCGAAAACUUGGUGGGGACCAAAAGCACACCUCUUCAAUCCCGACAAUUUUCUGCCCGAAAACAUAGCCAAACGAAAUCCAUAUGUCUAUAUGCCAUUUUCAAAAGGCGCCCGAAACUGCAUUGGCUGGCGUUAUGCUGAGAUCGCAGUAAGGAUUUUGCUUAUAGUGCUCGUCCAGAACUUCAAAUUCUCCACAGAAUUCAAAUAUGAAGAUCUACAUUUCGUCGACCACGUAAGCUUGUGGUAUGACGUUGAACCAAAUAUAAGAGUUGAAUUGAGAAAAUUAUGAAGCAUCAUGGAAAUUUAAAUUAAAUUAUUAAACUAAUACGAAACCUCCCUUAAUAAAUAUAUGUAGAUAUUUUAUAUAUAAAGAUAUAUUUGUGUAAAUAUACAUUUAAAUACUGUUAUUGUAGCCGAAUUAAAUAAAA